CUGCGCGCGUAAGGCCUCCCACAGAGACUUACGCAAAGUUUAAUUUAGCGCGCGCAUUGCGAACCUUGGUUCAGGAAGCAACCCACAAAUAAGAUAGUCCGGAUAAGUAAAUAAAAAACAAAGCUUUGGCAGAAAGCGCAUGUCACAGCACACGCUGCCUGUUUUUCAGUAUACCUGUAGGAGCACUGGGUGUUAAAAAUGACGAAACGGGAGGCCUUUUUACAAGCUGUCAGCAAAAAAUAUGUGGACGAGUUUUUGAACUUUAUAAAGCUCAGUAAGGACCGUUCAGACCCAUUUGAUUUGGAUGAGCUGCUUCAAGAGUUUCCCAAAAAACAGAAAGAGGAAUUAUGGGAGAAUCUGGGGAAGCUCUUGACAGAUGUUUUACUGGAGUUUCCCAUGGAGAAGUGGAGCUGUGAGAUUGAUGAAGACAGUGCUGAUGAAAUGGAAGUGGAGGGCUCAGCCGACUUGAAACAGACUAUGUCAGUGAUUGAAGGUGUGAUUAUGGUAGUUUGUGCUUCUAUUCGUGUAAUUGAUGAGGAUGUGACCUAUGGGGCCUUGCUAGAAUGUGCCAUUAUAUUAAAUGGUAUUUUAGAUGCUUUGCCUAAAUCUCAGUUGUUUUUGCAAAUUUCAAUCCAGCGACUGUGUGAGUCUUGGUGGGAAAAGGGACUAGAAGGAAAAGAAGAACUUGGAAAAACUGCAUUUCUUAUGCUUUUGGAAAAAAGUCUUUUAAUUAAGAAUUCGGCUGCAGACAUACAGCGACUGUGGAACCUCCACCAGGCAUUGCUCAGCUUUGACUAUGACUCUGAAGACAGCAGAGAAAUAAAGGACAUGCUGCUUCAAUGCUUUCUGAGUGUGAACCAUAUCAAAAGGGAAGAGGGAAGAAGGUUUCUGAGUUUCCUCUUCAGCUGGAAUGUGAGCUUUAUAAAGAUGAUUCAUGGAACUCUUAGAAAUCAACUUCAGUUUUUUCCAAAAUCCAUCACAGUUCAUGUUGCAGAACUUUACUUCAGAGCAUGGACAAAAGCAUCUGGAGUCUUUUUACAGGAUAUUGAAAAUGGCUGCAUUCAAGAUUUAAUGCACCAUGGAGUUCAUCUGCACAGGAAUUCCCCUGUUCAUUCCAAAGUGAGACAGAUUCUGAGUUACUUCCACAAACAGAAGCAUCGCCAAGGAGUAGAAGAAAUGCUAUACAGAUUAUACCAGCCUAUUCUGUGGCGGGGGCUGAAGGCCAGGAAUUCUGAAGUCCGUGCAAAUGCUGCUUUGUUGUUCACUGAAGCAUUCCCUGUUCGAGAUCCGAGCUUCGAUAAUGAGGUCAUGGACAGUGAAAUCCAGAGACAGUUCGAAGUGCUUUUUAGUCUUCUUGAAGACCCUCAGCCUCUAGUUCGUUCUACAGGGGUACUUGGUGUAUGCAGAAUAGCUACCAAGUACUGGGACAUGAUCCCCCCCACCAUCCUUACAGACUUCCUUAAAAAGCUGAUUGACCUGGCUUCUGACGUAAGCUCUGCUGAUGUCCGCUGUUCUGUCUUUAAGUGCAUGGCAAUGGUCACGGAAAACAAGCUAAGCCACCCAUUGCUUGAGCAGCUUUUGCCAGCUCUGAAAAACAGCCUUCAUGACAAUUCAGAGAAGGUGCGCGUGGCCUUUGUGGAUCUCCUGCAGAAAAUUAAAGCUGUCAGAGCGGCCAAGUUUUGGAAAGUGUGCCCGAUGGAACAUCUUCUGGCCCGGCUUGAGACUGAUUCCCGGCCAGUCGGCAGGCGGAUUGUGAACCUUCUUUUCAACUCUUUUCUUCCUGUUAACCAAUCGGAAGAAGUUUGGUGUGAACGUUGUGUCACUCUCAUACAGAUGAAUCCCAUGGCAGCAAGAAAGUUCUACCAAUAUGCCCACGAACAUACUGCUCCUACUAAUAUAGCAAAGCUGAUGCUCACAAUUCGCCGGUGCUUAAAUGCUUGUAUUCAGAGAACAGCCAGAGAAGACCAAGAUGAUGUUGAAAACAGUAACAAGGAGAAUACAAGUGUCCUGGAACAUGUUCUGUCCAUUAAUGACACAGCCUCCAUGGCCAGCUUGCUGGAAAUCACAGUCAUUCUUUGGAGAAGUAUCCGCAAAUCGCUAGAAAUGAAUAAAGAGGCCCUUGCAUACACAACAAGCAAGUUUGCAUCUGUGCUGCCGGGGUAUUUCCGCGUGUUUAAGGAGGAUCGUUGCAUCGUACCAUUAAUUCUGCUAGCUUCCUUUAUGCCUGCUGCAGCUGUCCCUACUUUCAGCUGCGGGGUUGUCUCAAAGCUGAGAAGCUUGGAAAAAGGAGCCACUGAAAACCAGUACUCUUCACUCAUAGACUGCCUUUGCCAGUGGGGUCAAGUUGGACAUGUUCUGGAGGUCAUUACAGACUGGCUAACUGAGGCUAUGCCACUUAAACAGAGCAAAAGAGACUCUGAGCGAAGAGUGCGCAUUCAGGAGGUGGUGGAAGUCAAACCAGACUUGGCCCUUGAUUAUGUUGAAUACAUGAUCACCCACACAAUGAAUCGGGACUGCCUGCUUGCUGUUCCACAGAAGAAAUUAAACCAUCUUCUGAAAGCCCUUGGGGCAUUAAAGGAGGUAUUCUACUCAUUUAUAAGUUCACCUGAGACAGGCUUCUGCAAAAUAGACAAAGAAACUGCUCUGAGGGCCUUUUUGCUUCAUGGUCGACUGAGCAUCCAUCUACAGCAUAAAUAUAACACAGAAAGGACUUACCUCUUACUUCUGGAAAACACUGCUGCGUGGACAAUUGAGAAGGUGCUGCCAUUCUUAAUAAAUCCAAUAUGUGAAGAUGAAGCGUCGGAACAGAAGACUCUGGUUGCAAAACAGGCUGUUGAAGCAUGUCUGACCGUUUGCAAAGAUGUGAUUAUGGUUGGCCUUGCUGACCCAGAGUUUCAAGGACAGAUUCUACAGUUUUCCCUGUCUGUGCUGCAAGCGGAGAGGGGAUACAUGUGUCUGCCGUUGCUCCUCUCUGUCCUCAAGGAGAUUACUGAGAACUGCCUGGCCCUGACUGUUCAAAACCAAAACGAGGACCUGCUGGUUCUCCUUAACAUUGCCCAGAAUGUCUUCCAAAAAACCCUUGAAACAGCUGCGCGCAGACUGAGGAAGCAGCGUGAAGAGGCCUUGCAGUUGCUUCAUGCUGCUCACGUGAUGCUUGCAGAUUUCAUUAAUGUCGUUCAGGACUGGCAUGCUGCUAAUGUCUUGGUACUUCAUGGUGUGUUCUCAACCAUUCUUGCUGCAGUACUUGUGGAAUUAAGCCAUUACUUGCAGAAGAUUUCGCAUGCGAAGGAGCUAACCCCACCUGAGACCGUUCAAGACCUGCCUCCACUUUCAAGCACAUUACUUGCAAUUAUUAUGAAAUCUCCAAGUCUGAUCAGGUCAUUUCUUAGCGAGUUAAAUGAGUCUGUUGAUUCUGAAGCAGUGGAAGGCGUCGUUGGAUUGACUGCAGUCCUGUGCAUCUUAACAGUGGUCAGACAGGGUAAAUGUAAAGGAUCUGAUAUUAAGAGUUCUGCAGCCUCAGUUCAUAUCAAACUGCAAAAGUAUUACGAAGUUGUGGCCGAUGCAAGUGACAGCAUUGAAAGAGCAAUAUAUGAAUCGGCUCUUAAGAUUGGAAAUGACAUCUUGCAGCCAUGAUGUGAUUUGUAUACAGUGCAUUUUGGAUUUAUGUUUAAGAAAAUGUUUCAUGUAUGUAAUCAGAAAACAACCAAAUGGAUGAAAGAAGCAUUGUUCUACAUGGUUGAUAUCUAAUGAUUAAAGGAAUAAUGCUAAUUAUAUAUAUAUGUGUGUGUGUGUCUAUAUAUAUAUAUAUAUAUAUAUAUAUAUAUAUAUAUAUAUAUAAAUUAGAAAAAAUAAUAUUGAUGAACCAUAACCACUAGCCAUGUUAAACAUAUUAAACAUUUUAUUGUUGCUGCUUUUGUAAAUAGCCACAAAUGCUGAACCACAUCACAAUUUGCAGAUUCAUUUUUAAGUAAGACAGCCCCUAUUUUUAUAAAUGUUGCCAUGAAUUUUUCACUUUUCUUUGUUUUGGAGUCUAAAAGACACAAUUAAGACAAAAGUGUAGGUUAAACUAAAACAAGAAUAUCUAUGGGUGUGUUUGUUUUGUUUUUGUUUUUAUUUCUUUUUUCAUGAUCUCUAGAAGUUGUUGUUGUUGUUGUUUUUUCUAUGGACAGGAUUCACGGCACAGUAAAGCUUGGAGAGCACUCUGCUUGCUGCUGCUGCUGCUCCUGUGUGCUGUUUUAUUGUUUCAGGGAUUUGCCCCCUUUGAGAUGCAGAGUUCAUUAUGCAGUACAACAAAACAUGUGAUUGUUACUUCCUUCCAGUAUUGCUUCAUCACAUAGAAAAAAAAUCAACACUGUUUACAGUGUGUUCAAGUUGAUACUGUACAUCCUUUUAUAAAUCAUGCGAAGAAAGAAAAACACAAAAACAUAAAACAGAACGUGGAAACUUGGGCUCAUUGGAUCACCAGACAGCAACCAAGCAUAACUUUAGUUUGAAUGGGGAUUAUUUGCUACCAAGAGCAUCAGUAUUGUUGCUUUGAUUUACUGGCACGUUUCAGGCUUCUUUCCUGUAUUAACAAAGCUAGUUCUGCUUCAACGCCACUAUUUGUAGCAACAAAAACCAAUCAAGCUGUUUUGAAGUUGAUCUGAAUUUAUAGUUUCAAAGAAGUCUGUUGCAGUGAAGGGUAUUUCCUUGAUGGCCAGUAUUAUUUUGUACUUACAUUUAUUAAUGUGUUGAUUAAAACUUUGAUUGACCUAAAAUCCCUUUCUCAUACAGUAAAUAUAUUGCAAAAACAUAUCCAUUGCUUUU